AUGUCAACUGCUCUCGUCAGACGCCCGCGAGAGCCGCAUGCACAACAAGAAGCAGGUGAACUGUCACCCUUGUUUGAUGACCUGGAGACAAGACCUACCAUUCGGGAUCUGGGAACUUAUCACCCCACCAAUUUGCAUACCCCUUCCUCGACUCUGUCAUACCCCACUGCUGCCGCCGGUGGUAGCAGUCAGCCAAGACCAAUGUUAUACAACGAGCGGCCGAGCAACUGGAGGCGUGAUUUCAAGUUCAAGUCUGGUCUUGCAGGCGUAUUCCGCAUAAAAGCUAGCCAAACUCACCCGCCAAGCGAUUGGGUCAGCAGUUCCAAGCUGAUGCUUCACCGAUACUUGCAGCAUGACAAAGUCUAUCCCCCCACUAUCUACGACCUCCGUCGGGACCCGCAAUCGCUCGUGUUUCGCAGCUUGGAUCGUCGUCCCGACCAGCGGGAUAUGGCACAGACUGUUACGGAGCCCUGCACGCCAUGGAUGCGGAUAUAUAAUUCCCGUCUUCCAUGGUACAUCGAUGUCGUAGCACAAGACGGCGGCUAUAUCACACUCGCCGAUCUAUUCCAGCAGCUCUUUGCAGCUCUGUACAAGCCUAUCAAUCAAUCUGAUUACUACAACGAUGACCUUGAUGACCAUGACAGGCAAGCCCUCAACCAGGCGUAUCUCACUCGAUGUCGAGAUGAGGCUGAGAGGUUGGGUGGUGUUAGACGAGUCGAUUUUCUGCGUGGAAAGGUCUUCUUUGAGGGAUUGUCGAGGGGUAAGAAUGGGAUGUGGCGGCUCAGAACAGGGACGGAGAAGCUGUAA